AUGACUUUGGAAAAACAAAUAUCCUUAUCAGUUACAUUGGUUUUUUGAUACCGUUUCAUCUGUUUGCAUCAUCGCAAUUCAGAAAGAUAUUUAGGUGGCCUCACUGUAACAAAAAUGAAUAGGAAUUUGAUAUUAUGUUAUUAAAAUUUUCCGGGUUAGAUAUAAUAGUUAUUAUAUUAAUAAUAUAUUAGAUAUAGUAGUUAUUAUAUAUUAGGUAUUAGAUAUAAUAGUUAUUAUAUUAAUAAUAUAGGUUAGGUUAUAUUAUCAUAUUAAUAAUAUAUUAUAAUAUAGGUGUUAAAUCUAAUUCAAUUAGUGUACAUAUGGCGAAACGAAACGAGCCGAAUACAAGAGGAAGCUCAAGUAAUGACUCAAACACUUCCGUUUCUUUGUUCAUCACAGGUCCAUUGUAGUCUCUGGCAGACAUCCUCCGAAGAAGUACAAUACCCACACGUCUUUAAACACCACCGAGACGUCUGCCUUAGAGCGUGAUGACAAGUUCAGUGUAGAAGCGCACACAAUCACGUACAACCGCACUCGCAAGGUUGCUCACAAACUUCGGAAAAACAUGAACUCUCGAGGAGUGGUCGCCGUUCAUUAUCACGGGGAUGGAGGUGAGAUCUCGUCGCGAGAUCAGAACGCUGGAAACGGGAAAAUUCGUCAUGGGAGCAGUACGUUCAAAGCUUGGAAACCGAGCGACUGGGUAACUGAUUCCGGCAUGAGCAAGCACUUCAGUAUGUCCGACGGGGCUCUCACCAUUUACGAGACAGGAUUGUAUUUAAUUUACGCGCAGAUUCAUUACAACGACGAUCACGACGAGAUUGGAUUUCACUUGGUAGUGAACGAUCAGCCUGUUCUUCAGUGUAUGAUCGACAAUUCAGGCCAUUCACGCAAUAUCAGCCAGACCUGUUUCUCGGCGCAACUGGCGCAUCUCAGGAAACACGACGUUCUAAUAUUCAAGGAGGCCAGCUCGCCGAGAUUCGUCAUUUUCGACCAAAAGAAUAGUUUCUUCGGGCUGGUGAAACUUGGAGAACUGAAGAAGCUGUAG